CAAGCCGGCCGCCUCCCCCCUCGUGCAUCCACAGCUAGAGCAGUCCUCUGUGGUCUUGGGCACCACCAGGGGACUCUUAUUUCGACACAACAUGGUUGCCGGCCCUAGACCGCCUGUGUUGCCUCAGGCGAUGCAGCUUCCUCGGCACUACUACACGGCCCCAUGGCAUGGGGUCAUUCAGGGACAUCUGUUUCACAACAUGCACAUUAUCACAAGCGACAUUGCUUCCUCGACGCUACUACACCACCUCAUGGCAUGGGGAGGCCUUGGCCUCAACUCAUGGACAUAUGUUCCGCAACAUCAUCAUGCGCAAUAGUCGACCGUCUACAUUGCCACAUGCAGCACUAAUUUCUCAGCGUUCUACACUGCAACACGGCAAUUCAAGGACAUGGAGUCUAUUCGAAGACUCCUUUUUCAAGUCAUUACGCCCGACAUCUUUCUCCCUCGGCGGUACUUCAACGCUCCAUGGCAGCAACGACAGAUCUUGGGACCCAUCCGAGGACUCUUCCCAAGUCAGAUUAAUCGUGUUGUAUGUCGGCCUUCGUAGUACUGUGCAGCCCCAUCGAGAUCGGUGAUCCAUUUUGCUCGUACCUACUUUGGGUGUUUUUGGAAGGUCACGGUUGCGGCUGCUUUCAUCAACAUUAUGUGGCCUUUUGUCUACCACACUUAUCUUGAUAUUGUCCCAUAUAGCAGUCAGACCCGCUUCUUUCGUCUUGAGACUGUGCCCUAUACUAAUUGGGCUCACUUUGUUAUUCGCUCUCCAGUAGACGACCGUGAGUAUGGUGAGUCAUGUUUUACUAUUGUGAGGUAAAACCACUCAUCCAAGUUUCUUAGCCCGCUCCACCCCGACAGUGUCCGUGUCAAUCUUAUCACAGCGCGACUUCUGGAUGCUGUUCAACGCAGCCUUGACAUCAAGGGUUGUGAUGCGGCCUUGGUCCAUGGUUCCCCUUGCAAAGACACGAGCUUAGAUGUUAGGCAUGCAAUUGAGAGUAACAAACAAGGCAAGCUAUGCAGACCACAACCACAAAUAUCACACCUUAAUGGUCUUGACUGGGAGGUGAUUGUUGUUAAAAAUGAUGGGCAUGUUGGUGCAAUGUCGUGGCCCCAUGGCAAGAUUAUAGUGUUCACUGGAUUGCUCAACCACUUGGAGAGCGAUGAUGAAAUUGCUACUCUUCUUGCUCAUGAGAUUGCACAUGUGGUUGCCAGACACCCGUCAGAGUCAAUCAUGUACAAGAAGUGGUUUCCUUUUCCCCUCAAGGUGCACUUCAUAAGAAGGACGGAGAUAGAGGCAGAUCACAUGGGAAUGCUGCUAAUGGCUGCUGCUGGUUUUGAUCCACACGCAGCCCCUAAGGCCGUUGAAAAGUUAAUAGGGAAUGACAUAUAUCUUCUUUCGGGGAAGAAAUUAGCACAGCUUUUAUCUAGAGCAAAGAUAAUGGAUGAGGCGCUGGAGUUAUAUAAAGAAGCUAUACCGUCCAAGGCACCAGGCCUGCAACAUUAAAAAAAAAGUUCUCCUAUCUGUGUUUUAUGCCGUUUUAGGCUCUGUCAUAUGACUGAGAGUAUGGAUAGGCCCUGAUUCCCAAAGAUUUUAGGUUGCUUCAUUGGCUGUUUAUAGAAAAAUCGAUCCAUUUAUGUAAAUAGCAUCUAUAUGAGGGCAUCUUGAUCCUUCUCAUUUUUUUUAAGAGGAAACUACAUGAUUACUCCA